AUGGACAGCAUCACCCGCAUGGCAGCAGACACAGACCUGCCAUCCUACCAGGAGGCUACGCGGCGUCUGGACUGGGUCGAGCUUAUCGCACCCUACGUGCCUAUCCGAGAAUAUGCGCGUCUCUGCCUCGUCAACAGGCGUUUCUAUCGCCAUCUAGCGCCGCGUCUCUGGAAUGACCCUUUGGCAACAGCCUCCACCUCCGCCGGCAGGCCUGCCACACGUCUCCUCGUUACUUGUCUAGACCUCCGCCGGGUAGAGGCCGGAACCUCUGAGCUUUCGCUGCAUUCGCUGAGCAGAUCGCUCUCGGCCUAUCUACGGGCUGUGCCGGUCACAUUCCCUCAACUUCGUUGCAUUCUACUGAAUAGGCACUGGGACGUGGAGGCAGACGACCUGGCUGUGGCGACUACUCCCGAUACGGACCAUGAUGCCAGCAAUGCAGAGGGGCCAUUGAUGCUCAACAUACCGCAAUGCCAAGUCAAGAUACCGACCGCCUUCUUUUCGUCGCCUUAUCUGCACCAUCUUGUGUACCUGGAUGUGUCUAACAUGGCCGGCUCUCUCAGGAAGCCGCUGGAGCAACAGAGAUUCGGCCCGGAGAGGCAUCCUCACCUCCGUGUCCUCAAGGUAGGUGCAAGGGAGAUGGGCGACUCAACGGCCGCCCUGCUGGUGAGAACAUUCAAACAGCAGCUUUGGAGCUUGGACCUCAGCCAAAAUCAGCUAACAGAUGCUGUGCUCAAUGACUUGCAUAUUUUCGCCUUUCCUGCCGAAAGCUUGCGGACAGACAGUCAUUAUGAUGUUGAAGGUAGACUGGAGAUCAUCCCCGGCAAGGGCACGCCUCUCUUUGGUCAGUUUUGCCUGAUUAGAGAGUCUCACUGGAGUGCCACCUUUAGCCAUGCCGACCGCUAUCUGGUUGAUGCCCCUAACUACACUCGCCUUGUUGAAUACACUCCUCAGGAGGGUGUCCGUACACGUCUGAACGGCCGAACCAAAGUACAGGAUGAUUCGGAGGACGAGAUUAGAAGAUCAUUUUCAGGCAUUCCUGGAGCUUCUUCACCAAGACGGGAAAGCCUCCACGACCUGGGUGUCUGUCACAGUCAUAAUGGCAUUACUCACUUAUAUCUCGGCGGUAACAGCAUAACCGCCAACGGCUUGGUUAGGCUGAUCAUGGCAUCCCCCGGGCAACUACAGCAUCUCGAUUGCGAUAGCAUGGUCUACGAAAUUCACGAGGCUGUGAGGCCGGACUGGCUGCCGUCCAGCAUCCGUGUCUCAGGUCUGCUCGGAGCAGCGCACGCCUUCCGCCCCGUGCUUUCGUCAAACCUACAGGUCUUGCGCAUCCACCACUCCCUCGUUACACAGCUCUUGUCUCUGAAAGGCCGUGAUGGAGGUGUGCUGUCAACCAUGGAAAACCUGUGGCUAGCCGAAACGUUCCUGCUUCCACGGGCCGAGAUGGCGUACCCGCAAGCGUUCCGGCCAGAUAUGAAUCCCCGGCUACGGCUCCUGACCUUGACACAUAUCCCGAGGUGGUCGACCGGCCCCCUGAUUGACAGGCUGAUAGAGCUCCUGAAGCUCGCCUCGAUGCAGGAACGGGCAAUUCAAGACAUGAAUAGGACUCUGGGCAAGAGCCGCCGCGGCCCUGCCACUGUGGUCGGUCUGAGGCAUGUCCGACUGGAGUUUGAUCAUGAUGUUAAGGGGGAAUUGCUUGAGGACGGUGAAGAAGAUGGAGAAGAGAAGAAUCAAAAGAAAUACGUCGCUGAAGAAACAACGGCGGCCAAGGAAUUUAGUUUCUUUGACGAUUCUCGAUUUUCUGACUUUUCAUUCGAUUCUUCUUCUCCUGCUGAGGUUUCUUCGUCAAACAUAGACACAACAAACACAGACACCACGCCUCUCACGUCGGUGGUGGCGGGUCCAGCAGCCGACGAUCACAGGGCUGUUCCGGACCAAACCGUGUCAAAUCAGAGUCAGACCCAGAGACAUUCUCCCUCCACCCUCUCACAUCUUCCCCGCACCGGCGACAGGUCCGAGCCCAUUGUGAAUGGGGGCAACGAGGGGCAGUCGGGCCGACUGACGACUGGACCACAACAACGCAGCAGCAGCAGCAGCAGCAGAGGCAACUGGAAUGGAACGGAAUAUGCCGUCCCCAUCUGGACAGGUCCACCACCUCCUUUUUACGAUUCAACUGAAGACACUCCACAACACGAGCAUCAAGAAGUUUCCCCUGCAGUCGAGGCAUACAUGCGCAACAUCCUCGACAGGCGUCUGUGUGCUGAUGCAGUGCCUGCCAGCCCGUGUCAUGUCCUGGCGGGUGUUCCAGAAGGUGAGUUCAUCUGGGGCGCUGCAUGGCAGGCGAUUGUUACGAGGGGAGACACUACUGCGGCAGGAAAAAGAAGGCCGAAGAAAAGGGAGCUGAUGAAUGGGAUGAGGGAUGUGAUAGGGGAGAUCAAAGCGUAUAGAAGGAAAACGAGGGAGAGGUAUGAAGCGGAGUUGAAGAGGGCUAGGCUGAAUGGGGAUGGGGUGAGAUUGGGGGAGCCACAUUUUUAUUAUGGGGGGAGAUUGGAGGUUGUGAGGGCUGGAAGCGAGGGGGGGAUGUUGGGGUGGAGGUGA